CACUGGCAUGGCGGAUUACAGAGCAGGAAUUCCGCCUAUGCGCUGAUGACAGCGUCCCGAGGAGGAAACACCGGCGAUGACCAUCCUCUGGAGACACGGAUCCGUUGCCCAGCGACCAGCGGAGAUCCCUGGAGUCAACUAACCAGCUGCGAGCAACUUGGCAGCGGCGUUUUUUUCCCCUCCGACUUCACAGCUGCCGUUGGGCCGCCGGUUCGGGUCAGGCUUGACAGACGGUGCAUGAAGUGCUCACUCCUGAUGCUCCGACUUGGACCGGUGCCUUUUCUGCGCUCUAAGUCCUCCCUGGGAUGAACUAGAAUAGCUCAGUGUCGCUGAACUAUCGUAGAGAGAAGAUAAUGGAUCUGAUCGGGGCGCUGCAUUUGGACGAGCUGUCCCAUGGACUGGCAAACUUGUCCAUGUUUCCUUACUUUGAAAUGGCGCAUUAUAUCGUGUCGGUCAUGGCUCUGAGGGAGCAGCCAGGCGCUCUGGAGGUGUCCAGGGUCAGCCCCUUGGCCUGCUGGUUCAGCUCCAUGCUCUUCUGUUUUGGUGGAGCUGUGCUGUCUGGGAUCAUGCUGGCCGAGCCGCCGGUAGCACCUUUAUCCAACAGCACCAGUGUUCUGCUCGCUUCAAUCAUCUGGUACCUGGUGUUUUACUGCCCCAUGGACCUGGUGUACUGUUGUGCUGCCCCGCUGCCUCUCAGGCUGGUGCUGUCAGGAAUGAAGGAAGUGACCAGGACGUGGAAGGUCCUGGGAGGGGUCACCCAGGCACACGGCAAAUACAAGGACAGCCUGCUGGUUAUGAUUGCUAUCGGGUGGGCUAGAGGGGCUGGAGGUGGUCUGAUAAGUAAUUUCGAGCAGCUUGUUCGAGGUGUUUGGAGGCCAGAGACCAACGAGCUCCUCAAAAUGUCUUACCCCACAAAGAUCACCCUGAUUGGAGCGGUGCUGUUUGCUCUGCAGCAGACCCACUACCUGCCUGUCCAGAAGCACCACCUGAUGCUCAUUUACACCAUCUUUACUGUUGUCAACAAGUCGAGGAUGAUGCUGACAGGCUCCUCCACCUCACCCUUCGCCACCAUUGAGUCAGCCGUCUACAAGACCCUCUUCACCGGCUACUCCCCUUACGCCGCCCUCACCGCCGAGGUAAAGAAGUCGUGCAUCGACAAUGGCACAACAAAUGGUACAGCCUCUACCGCUGCAACCAAAGAGUCCAGCGAAAAGAGAUCAACUGGGGAGCACAGUCCCGUCAAGGGACAAAGUAGCUCCCUAGAAACCAAAGAGGAGUCAGAGAACGCAGCGACGACAAACUGCAAGAAGACUAACUAGUCAGCCUUCGCCCCGUAGCGCCUUUUCACCUCUAAGCAGGGUUGUGGAGUCAUUUAUGAUUCAGAUCUGUCAUGUCAGGAGUUCACUUAAACUUUCCGUUCUAUUUUUUCUUUUAUUAAGGAACACAUUUUGUCCCCUACUGACUAUUUCUUUCAAACUGUUUCUUUUGCAUUUCUUCGAAUGCAAUUUCAUGCUGGCUGCUGAAAUACAUUUCAAUAAGAGCUGACUCCAACCAAACCUGCACCUUAUUCUGGGAUAAUAACCCCAUCCUUAAAGUACUGUAAUGUUUAUGCUGUUGGAUUUAAACAUCAAACUACUCUUGGGCUGAUUGCACACUUGUAGUACAAAGUGUAGCUUAAUUUUGAAUAUAUAUUUAUAUUAAGGAAAAAAAAUGAUGAUAAUUCUAUUUCUGGGUUUGUUUCUGGGUUUUGGGACCAGUGCUGAGCACCUGCUGAUCUUUGAAUGUAUCUUUUUCUUUCUGUGUAUAUUCUGCUUCCUGUAAAUGCUAACUUUCCUACUUUGAAAUCUUUACAUUUUUAAAAGAGAAAUUAUAUUCUAUGACUUUGAGAUAUUAUAUUCUAAUUAACAAUUAUUGCACUCUUGAAUGUACAGCAUUUUGAAACGGAAAACUUUUGUUUUCUGUUUCUUUAGUGAAUGCUUUGAAUGACAAUUGAAGCCUGAGAAUAAAUAGGUUUAAAUGCACCAUCAAUAAAAUGUGUUGGUGGGA